AUGGCCACCAACUGCGAAGAUCCCGAGAGUGCCAACAGCGAUCUGAAUCCUAGAGCGAGCCUUCGUCAAUCAUCCUAUAUCGAUCCCUCUUCUGGCAAGCGGUUAAGCAAAACUUUUACCCUCCACAACUUCGACCGCGUCAAUGUCUCUCACCACACCGCGGACGACACCACUCCUUUACUGGGGCAAAUCGAAGAAGUAAGCGCACGUGACUCUGGACCGAGUCAUGGCGCCUGGGUGUCAAAGAGCUUGGAAUGUGUGAGUCGAGCCAAACAGUUCAUGCUCUCGGACACCGGAAAGGGAAUCUUCAAGUGUGCACUGGCCUACUUUGUGGGCAGUCUGGCCACCUUUGUUCCCUGGUUGAGCGAACUGUUUGGCAGGCAGAACUCGAAGCACAUGGUCGCCACGAUCACCGUGUAUUUUCACCCGGCGAGGUCUCUUGGGAGUAUGCUGGAUGCCCUUCUGCUCGCUACGUCCGCCUUCCUCUAUGUGGCCGUCGUGUCCCUCCUCAGCAUGACCAUCGCCGCCUUUUUUGCAGACACCGUCCACCUUAUUGAGGUUGGGCAUGCCAUUGUUCUGGUUGUCUUUGUAGGGGGUGGUCUCGGACUCGUUGGUUGGAUCAAGCUGAGGAGGAACGAUCCCUUAGUGAACAUAGCAUGCUCUCUGGCAUCUCUGAGCCUGGUCACCAUCCUCACGAAAGAAGGAGCCAUUCAGGCCGGCGACUACUCCACGAAGUCUAUCUCACAGAUCCUCAAAAUGAUCGUCGCUGGUGUAAUAGCUACGAUGCUUGUUUCUUUCUUGAUCUUCCCCAUCUCCGCCAGACACAAGUUGAGGAAAAAUCUCCUUCAGGUAACUGACGCACUUGCUGACAUGCUCGCCUUGAUCACGAGCAGCUUCUUGUCCGGUGAGGAGGCAGAGCUGGAAGAUAGCGUCUUCCAGGGCAUUGGUGAGCAGCACAAAAAGCUUUCCUCCACCAUCCCGCAGAAUCUGAAAGAAGCAAGAUAUGAACAUUACUUGCUGGGCACUGAGAGACAAGCCCUGAUCGAGGCUAGGCUAGCGCAAUGUAUCCAGCGAAUAUCACAGAGCAUUGGCGGCCUGCGGAGUGCUGCAGCCAUGCAGUUUGUCGUCAUCAAGCAACCAGCCUUUGGUUCUGUGCAAUUUGCGGCAGAGCAAACUGCUACACCGCGCUGGAUGGAUUCUAUGGAGAGUUCUAAAGUCAGCACGGGCGAGCGAGAUUUGUUGAGCUUCUUCACACCACCCUCGCCUGUGCAGGGAUCGGUCAGACCGCUGUCCGGGUCGUUAUCGGGCCCAACACAUCCGUCGUUUCGGUCGCCCGCACAAAUAUUUGAGCUUUUCAUUCAGAAUCUUGGCCCUUCCAUGAGAUCUCUGGCUUUCACCUUGAAGGAAAUACUUGAUGACUUCCCAUUCGAUGCCUCAAAUCGUUAUGCCGUCGCCACCAAUCCCAAAUUCAAAGCGAGCCUUGAUCGGGCGUUAGAGUUGUACAAACAGUCUCGACAAGAGUCAAUUCUCGUUGUAUAUGGUCAGAAAGAUAUGGACCGAUCUCGACCGAUCCCUGUUCAAGCAGAUUGGGAGGAUGCCGCUGCUUGUUGUGGCCACUUUUCAUUCUCCUUGGUGGAAGUGGCUGAAUCCGUGAAAGAGUACUUGAUCAUCCUGGACGAGCUCCAACUUGAGGUUGACGAGCACCCUGCCGGGAGGACGUGGAAUUGGCUGAAGUUUUGGCGAUCACCAUACAGCCAAACAGAAUUGGCUGGGCUUGAUCCCGAUUUUGCCAAAUUGGCCAAAAGGUCUGAAGAGCUCGAUGUCAAGUUUAGCGACAAGCAACUCAAGCUAUCUCCACAGCAGGAUGUGCCUCAAUGGCCCGAUCAACCUCGCUUCAAACAACUAUUUUUCCGCUACCUCUACGCUGUAGCGUCUUUCCUCCGACGCGACGAUGUCAGAUUUGCAAUCAAAGUCGGACUAGGCGCCAUGUUGUACGCACUUCCCAGUUUUAUCCCCUCGACACGUCCAUUAUACCAGCACUGGCGAGGGGAAUGGGGCUUAGUGUCUUACAUGCUUGUGUGCAGCAUGACAAUUGGCGCGUCAAACACGACAGGCUACUCGAGGGUACUUGGAACCUGUCUUGGAGCUGCUCUCGCGGUGGCCGCGUGGGAAAUAUCACAUGACAACCCCUUCGUCCUGUGCCUGUUUGGGGUUUGCAUGGCGUAUUGGACUGCAUACAUGAUCAUUGGGAAAGGCAAAGGCCCGAUGGGACGAUUCAUCAUGUUGACAUACAACCUCAGUGCCCUGUACGCGUACAGUCUUGCUGGUCGUGACGACGAAGAUGAUGGAGAUGAAGAGGACGCUGCGAAGAAUCCCUUGAUUCUUGCAAUAGCCGGACAUCGUGUCGUCGCAGUAAUCUCCGGCUGUAUAUGGGGAUUGAUCAUUACACGCGCCGUCUGGCCCAUAUCGGCUAGGCAAAAACUGAAAGACGGCCUUGCACUUCUGUGGCUUCGUAUGGGCUUGAUCUGGAAGAGGGACCCGCUGGCCACACUGACCGAGGGUGUCCCUCCAGACCGAUAUAUGAACCUGCGCGAGGAAUUCUAUCUGCAAAGAUUCCUGGCUAAGCUCCAGGGUCUGGCGGAGGCUAGCAAAAGCGAGUUCGAGCUCCGCCGGCCAUUCCCACAUGCGAUUUAUGGUCGGAUUCUUAAAAGCACCGAGCAGAUGCUUGAGUCGUUUCAUGCAAUGAACGAGGUGAUUCUCAAGGAUCUGAACACAUCCCCUGGCGAGGAGGCACUUUUGAAGGCCACGGCCAACGAACGAGCACAGCUGUGCCGGCGAAUCAGUCACUUGUUCAGCGUUCUUGCAAGUUCCAUGAAGUUGGAAUACUCAAUCACGAGUGACGCGUUGCCCAGCAUUGACCAGACGCGGGAUAGGCUCCUGGCAAAGAUUUUCGAGUAUCGGCAGAAUGACGCGCAAGAACAGAAGACUAAAGAUGAAGACUACAGUCUCUUGUACACGUAUGCCCUAGUCACAGGCCAGCUAAGCCUCGGGAUACAGGAUGUGCUGAAAGAGGUAGAAAAUCUGUUUGGUGUCCUCGACGAAGAGGCGUUGCGGUUGCAAUAG